UACUUAAGAGCCUCUCAUUUUGUCCAACACCCAUCUUCCUGAGCCUCUCAUUUUGUCCAACACCCAUCUUCCUGAGCCUCUCAUUUUGUCCAACACCCAUCUUUCUGAGCCUCUCAUUUUGUCCAACAUCCAUAUUCCUGUACUAGACUGCUGCAAGUGGCUAACGAUGGCGUUUGCAACUAAAACGAUGGCUACCCUCAUCUUGGUGGUACUAGAAUCCAUGUGUGGCCUCACAGCACCUAUAGCAGGUUUCUUCCCACUUCCAUAUUUUCCUCCGCCUGCUGGGGGUCCUCCUGUACCAAAAUGGAGCGCCGGUGAAUUGAACGCACCGAUUUUGUACCCACAAGUGGGCAGUCACCACGCCGGUUUCCUUAUCUUCGGCCCUUCAGUGAACAAGCCCAUCACUGAAAUCACAGUACACUGCGAAACUACUAAAGCAGCGCCGCAGGUCGCUGUCUCUGGCCGCACCAACAGCAUCAUUCAGGACUAUAGGCCAAUUGCGCAGGUGACUGUCACAGGUCUACAGCCGAGCACGGAGUACGUGUGCUACUACACCGCCACCAACAUUUUCGGGACUAGCAUGCGCAGCUUAGUAAGCGGGCGUUUCAUCACCUCCCCGUCUCACUAGUAAUCUGGACACUCGCAAAGGAGAUCACCGCUGGGGAGACACUUGCUUCGGGUCUUCAGUGAAAUAGCCCAGGCGCCGGCCAGCCGAUGCCAAUUGAAUGCUAUUUUCCACAGCACGUGUCUCGUGCCGCAAGUACAGAUUUUAUCCUAACCCUUUCUUCUUAACAAUUAUUUUGGUAUAUGAUUAUUUGAUAGCUUUUAGAUGUAUUUGAUCUAUUUUAUAACUUUUGGAUAUCCUAACUACAACGAUCUGUAUAAGCUCACCUACACCGAGCCAAUACCUGGAAUUGCGAAGCGAGCUAGAUGGUGGUUACUCGGGCACAUUCUACGCCAACCAAUCGGCCCACCCGGGAACCAAGCAAUGAUGGCAUACCUAACUGCAGAGGAAACAACUAGACACAGGAAGGGAGCACCUCAGUCCUGCCUGGUAAUCACCCUUCAGCGAGACUGUAAGCUAACUGCAGUUGCACUGAAGACGAAUCGACACCUAGAAACGCUCGGGGACUUUGCGGCCGUUCGAACGAGAUGGGACAACAUCUGCUCGGCCAUCACAUGAACAUAUGGACUGUCUUACGUGUUCGGACGGUGCUUGUGCUUACUACUAUAUCAGUGUCUACAGGCAUCCGAAGCACUGAUUGUAUCUGUAUUAUUUUGAACUCAAUGUAUGCAACACUAUUAUCUCCACAUCACCAUGUUUUUAUUUUUGUUUACGUUUUUUCACUCCAUUCACUUUUCACUCCAUUGUCGUGAGUUCCCCUUGGGAACGGAUACGAGAAUAAUAACUAUAAUGUCAAUUAAAUAUGGCAAAAAGAUGUGAAAGACUACUAA